CAGGACGUUUGAUUGGUUGGGAAGAACUGUCUUGACUAAGGUAUUGUAUCUGCAACAUUGAUUGGUGGUUUUGGUACUACAGCGCCCUCUAUUGCAAGGAAAGUAGACUAAACGUAGCAGACAUCCAGCAUUAGCAAUUAGGUCUCAAGUUUUUUUAAACCUUUUUUGCGUUUGUAAAAAGUGCAAAAUGUCAGAACACAAAGUAAGCCUGUGGAAAAGCUUCCUUUCUGGAGGGUUUGGUGGAGUUUGCCUUGUUGCAAGCGGUCAGCCGCUGGAUACUAUCAAGGUGCGACUUCAGACUAUGCCUAUACCUAAACCAGGUGAGAAACCUAUGUACACAGGAGGAUGGGAUGUGGCCAAACAAGCUGUAGCAAAAGAGGGUAUCCUAGGUCUGUACAAAGGCAUGGCAGCUCCUAUUGCAGGGGUGACCCCUAUGUUUGCCAUUUGCUUUUGGGGUUUCAACAUGGGGAAGAAGUUACAGCAGAAGCACCCCCAUGAUGAAAUGACUCCGUUACAGAACUGGAAUGCAGGCAUGCUGGCAGGCGUGUGCACAACUGUGAUAAUGACCCCAGGAGAAAGAAUCAAGUGCUUAUUGCAGAUUCAAGAAGGUUCCAAGGAGGUGUCCAAAUACAAGGGACCACUGGACUGUGCCAAGCAGCUCUACAAGGAAGGUGGCAUUAGAAGUAUAUAUAGGGGCACUGGGGCUACUUUACUUAGAGAUGUUCCUGCAUCAGGAAUGUAUUUCAUGUCAUAUGAAUGGCUGAAGAAAUCUUUGGCACCAGAGGGAAAACAGAGUGAACUGAGUGUCCCACGCAUUUUAUUUGCUGGAGGUAUGGCAGGUAUAUUCAAUUGGAUGAUAGCCAUGCCUCCCGAUGUGCUUAAGUCCAGGUUUCAAACAGCUCCAGAGGGCAUGUACAAGGGUGUAGGAGAUGUAUUAAAGCACUUGAUGAAGAAUGAAGGCCCAUUAGCUCUAUACAAAGGUGCAGCCCCAGUGUUUCUCAGGGCAUUCCCAGCUAAUGCUGCCUGUUUCUUUGGCUAUGAAGCAUGUCUGAAGUUCCUUAAUUGGAUAGCACCAGGUGCAUGAAAACUUAGGUCAUAAAGUCCUAGGAAAUUGAAAAGGUUUAAAGUAGUGUAGUUUAGUAUCAACAGACAAAAGACAAUAUUAGCCAAAGUUUUUUUCUACUUUUAUCUUACAGAAAUUGAACUUAUUGCUCAGUUGUUAAGUCCAACAAUUUUGUCAUUAGUACUGUUAUUUUAGUGCACUUUCUAGCAAUGCAUUUCUUCAAGGUUUGUAGGUGCUGGAAGAUCAGAACAGUAUUCAAAAUAUGCACAUUAACAAAUCAAUGAGAUAACAUGAAGACAAUAAUAAUUAUAAUUUGUUCGUUUUAUUUCACUUCACUUGGGUGCAAAACUAUGCCAUAUAGAAUGAAUAUCACAACCAUGUAUAAAUGAUUCAGAAUUGAUCUAAGAGAUAAUUAAUAUCUGUUUUACUAUUAUGCAUUAAAUGAAGGGAGGAAAAUUCAGUUUUACAAACUGACUAUAUGUUAUAUUGCUUACAAGUAAUUUGAAAGAUACUUUUAAAAAUUGUAAUUAAGGUUGAUGAAUGUUAUUCAAGUUUUGUUUUUACGUUGUCUGUUACGAUUUUUUUUCUGGAAACAUAAAGCGCUACAGUGACUGCAUCAAAUGACCACAUUUAAAGGUGUUAUGAAACUAUACAUUUUCACUAAAUCACAGAUAGAGAUUCACUUUGAGGGGAGCAGGGAGAAGGGAUGGGGGAUAUAUCAAGUAAAAAAAAAUGUGCAAUUUAUUAGCUAAACUGUAUUAGAAAGGUUGUAGAUUUGCACAAUUAAAAGCAAAAUGAUUAUGAGAAAAAGAGAUUUCAUAACCUUAUGUUGUGCUCAGGGUUCUGAGAAUUGCGUAUGUCAGUAUUUUUUUCCACUAUGGCCUGUUUCACAAAUAAAAGUCUUUAAUAUUUGAUCUUGGCUUAGAAUGCUAAAACCAGAUAGUGGACCACGUAAAUUUGACUGCUAUGGUAAUCUUAGAAAUUUUUAUAAUGAUGGGCAACAAUAAAUGUAGUUGACAGAGUUUAUUAUGCAGCAAAAGAAUUGGUUGGAUGACUGGGUAAAAAAAGAUUUGCAGAGCUUAAGGCUUCUUGUAAAAUUUAACUUCCUAUGAUUGAUUAUUUUGUGGGACAGGACCUGCACUCGCACCGCGAGUCUAAAUGUUCCUGUAUUGGCCACAAUACCCUAAGAUAAUAAGGAAAAUGUUUUUCAAAUAUUGCUUCAAUACAAGGGAAUGGGCUUGGUAAAAAGUUUGGUUUAAGAUGUAGUUAUUUGACAGUGACUAAAUACAUAUCAACUCGGAUCUAGCAUGAUAUAGUUAGUAUUUUCAACUAUACAGUCACAUUUGACACCUAAGAAGUUAAGAAAAUCACGUCAGUCUUGGGGAUUUUUGUAUAUGCCAUUACCUAUGUGGCCAGUUUUUAAGACAUUAAUUAAACUAACCUGUGAAAUAUUAAUUAAGUGAAAUAAAUUCCAAAUAUAUUUUUGUUUCAGGUAAGGGUCACAUGAUCUUACUUUAUGAUAAUAAAAUUUGAUGAUAUUUUA